AUGCCUUCUGAGAACGCUCAAUCUGCCAAGGUCCUCGAUGACCUAAUGGCCAAGCUCACCAUCUCCAAGGACGCCGCUGCCACCAAGGAUGCUUCGGCUGCCCUCGCCUCUUUCAUUAACGGCCCUAUCGAGGACCAAGAGGCCCCCACAAAAACGGUUGAGGCUUUGAAGAAGGCCAUCACCAACAAGAAGGAUGCCGCUCUUCGUGAGAAGGCUGCUGAGGCCAUCCAGGCUAUUGCCCAGCACUCUGAGGUCUCCGCCAACGUUGAGCCUUACCUCGUCGUUCUCCUUCCCUUCGCUUUGGCCGCUAUCGGCGACAAGAUCACCGCCGUCAAGAGUGCUGCCACCGCUGCAGUGAACGCCAUCGUUGAGGCCAUCAACCCCAAUGCCGUCAAGGCCAUCCUCCCUCACAUCACCAACUCCAUCCUGACCGCCCAGAAAUGGCCCGAGAAGAUGGCUGGUCUUGAUGCUAUCGAGACUCUCGUCCGCACCGCCCCUGCCCAGCUUGCCUACCGUGUUCCUCAGCUGAUCCCUGUCAUCUCGGAGUCCAUGUGGGAUACCAAGAAGGAGGUCAAGGACCGUGCUUACAAGGUCAUGGAGAAAAUCUGCGAGUUGAUUGUCAACCGAGAUAUCGAGCGUUUCAUUCCUGAGCUCAUCAAGUGUAUUGCCAAGCCCGAGAACGUCCCUGAGACAGUUCACUUGCUCGGUGCCACAACCUUCGUCACAGAAGUUCACGAGCCUACUCUUGCACUCAUGGUACCCCUUCUUGACCGUGGUCUCUCCGAACGUGAGACUGCCAUUAAGCGUAAGGCUGCCGUCAUCGUUGACAACAUGUGUAAGCUCGUCGACGACCCCAGCAUCGUCGCUCCUUUCUUGCCCAAGAUGAUGCCAGGUCUUACUAAGAACUAUGAGACUUUGGCCGACCCCGAAGCCCGUGAGAAGACCAAGCAGGCCCUUGAUACUCUGGUCCGUGUUGGUGACAUCAAGGAUGGCAAGAUCCCCGAGGUUCGCCACGAUGGUGAUAUUGACACCGUUGUUGCCCACCUCAAGGCUGCUGUCCCCGCCAAGCACUCUGCUGUCUUGGAGAAGCUCGGUCCCGUCGUCGAGUACGCCGGUGCUAUUGGUGGUCAGCUCGUCGAUGAGAAGGAGACUGAGUCGGCUGUCUGGGCUGGUGCUGUCAAGCCCUUCGUGACUGUCCUCGUCGGCGAUGCUGAUGCUGACGCUGUCGUUGAGACUCUCCGAAAGCGCGCCUCUCCUGGUAUCGAGGAGGAUGCUCGCGAGGAGGACGAGGAUGACGAUGGUGAAGAUCUCUGCAACUGUACCUUCUCUCUCGCUUACGGUGCCAAGAUCCUGCUCAACCAGACACAUCUGCGACUUAAGCGUGGCCGUCGGUACGGUCUUUGCGGUCCCAACGGUUCCGGAAAGUCAACUCUUAUGCGCGCUAUCAACAACGAACAGGUCGAGGGUUUCCCUAAGCAGAGCGAAGUCAAGACUGUCUUCGUUGAGCACGACCUUGACUCUGCCGAUACUGAAAUGACUACCAUUGACUGGACGAUGAAGAAACUUGCUGAGGCUGGCGUCACAUCUACCAAGGAAGAGGUCGAGGCUCGUCUUAUUGAGUUCGGUUUCACUGAGGCCAUGAUUGCGGGUGAAAUCACUGCCCUUUCUGGUGGUUGGAAGAUGAAGCUGGCUCUGUGCCGUGCUGUCUUCGAGGCUCCCGAUAUCCUGCUUCUUGACGAGCCCACCAACCAUCUCGACGUGAAGAACGUCAAGUGGCUCGAGGAUUACCUAAUCAACUCUCCCUGCACAUCCAUCAUUGUCUCGCACGAUAGUGGCUUCUUGGACAACGUCACUCAGUACAUCAUCCACUACGAGCGCUUCAAGCUCAAGAAGUACAAGGGUAACUUGAAGGAGUUCGUCCGCAAGAACCCUCACGCCAAGUCAUACUACGAGUUGGGCGAGUCUGAGAUCGAGUUCACAUUCCCCGAGCCUGGUUUCCUUGAGGGUGUCAAGACCAAGGCCAAGGCCAUUUUGCGUGCUACCAAGAUGAGCUUCCAGUACCCUGGUACACCCAAGCCCCAGAUUACCGAUAUCACCUUCCAGUGCUCUCUCGGCUCUCGUAUUGCUGUCAUCGGUCCCAACGGUGCUGGCAAGUCGACCCUGAUCAACGUGCUCACUGGUGAGCUCAUCCCCACCGCUGGUGAGAUCUACCAACACGAGAACAUCCGUAUCGCCUACAUCAAGCAACACGCUUUCGCUCACAUCGAUAACCAUCUCGACAAGACACCUUCCGAAUACAUCCAAUGGCGUUUCCAGACUGGUGAGGAUCGUGAGACCAUGGACCGUGCCAACAAGAUCAUCACUGAGGAUGACGAGAAGGCUAUGGACAAGAUCUUCAGGGUUGAGGGUUCUCAGCGACGUGUCAUCGGCAUCAACAGCCGAAGGAAGUUCAAGAACAGCUACGAGUACGAGUGUUCAUUCGCCCUUGGUGAGAACGUUGGUAUGAAGAAUGAGAGAUGGGUGCCCAUGAUGACUGCCGACAACGCCUGGCUUCCUCGAAGCGAGCUUCUCGCUUCUCACCAGAAGAUGGUUGCUGACGUCGAUAUGAAGGAGGCCUUGGCCUCUGGUCAAUUCCGCCCUCUGGUCCGUAAGGAGAUUGAGUCGCACUGUGCCAACUUCGGUCUUGAUGCCGAAUUGGUAUCUCACUCUCGCAUGAAGGGUCUGUCUGGUGGUCAGCGUGUCAAGGUUGUGCUCUCUGCCUGCUCAUGGCAACGCCCUCACUUGAUCGUUCUUGACGAGCCCACCAACUAUCUUGACCGUGACUCUCUCGGUGCCCUGUCCAAGGCCUUGAAGAAGUUCGAGGGUGGUGUUAUCAUCAUUACUCACAGCGCUGAGUUCACCAAGGACUUGACUGAGGAGGUCUGGGCUGUCAUGGACGGCAAGAUGACUCCCUCAGGUCACAACUGGGUGCAAGGCCAGGGUUCCGGCCCCAGGCUAAAGGCUGACGAGGGUGAUGAGGAGGACAAGUUCGAUGCCAUGGGUAACAAGAUCGUGACAACCAAGAAGAAGGCCAAGUUGACUAGCUCCGAGGCCCGCAAGAAGAAGAAGGAGCGUAUGGCCCGCCGUAAGCGCGGUGAGGAGGUCUUCUCGGACGAGGACGAGUAA